GUGUGUGUAAAAAAUUCCAACUGUCAAAAAUACAAAACAAAUGUAUUGCCGUACAAGUUUUGCAAAUAAUAUCGACGCAUUAUUAUAAUUAUAUUUGCUUUUAAAAGUAUAGGAAUACAAAUAAAAUGAGUGACAGUGAAAACGAAAGCAUUAAGGAUCUGCUCGAAUGUGCUGAAGAGUAUGAAAAUUUGAUGCAGGAAAAAUUGAAAGCUAGUGGCAAAAGGGAUGAUAGGGCAUCAGCUGCAGUUGCUGUGAAAAACAAGGAACAUAAAAGCAACAAUGAUAUUCAGGAGAUACCCAUGGAAAAAGUUAUAUUUGGUGAUAAGAAGAAUUUGUUAAAAAAUUUUGCGGCUGCCGUAGGUGAAGCCAAAAACCUAAAACAGAUCAAAGAAGAGGUGAGCGGUGGCGAGAACGACGACCGCAAUGAGACAAAGAAGCGUAAGCCCGCCUGGACGGACGCAGAUGAUACAGAUAUUACUAUAGGCGAUGUAAAACGGCGAACGCGGUUCUCUGGACCACAAGACCAUUUGCGAAAGGACAAAUCUUACACGGAGUAUCUCACAUCACGAUAUGUGCGCACAGUAGCCCAACCUAAUUGGGCGUCACUAGAUCACAAGAAAGAAUUUGGUGAUUCUGGAGAAGAAGCACUUCUACAAACUGUAGGUUUUGUAGCAAAGCCAGAUAGAAGUACUUUGUUGCCAACUCAUUUAAAAUUCAAAGGAUUGAAAGAUUUAAACCGUGCCACUUAUGCAGAAGGAGCUAUAACUAGCAUACAAUUUAUACCUAAAAGCACAGCAACUCUUGUAGCUGGACUGAAGGGCAUAGCCACUAUUUAUAGCAUUGACGGUUACCAGAAUGAAAAAUUGCAUAGCAUCCGCUUUAAAAAAUUCCCCAUCAUGUGUGCUCGUUUGAAACCAUGUGGUACAAAGGCUAUUUUUGGUUCCUCAAGACGGAAAUACUUCGUUUACGAUCUGCUGACGGCGCAGGAAACGAGCUAUAACCUGCCAAAUGAUAUCACUAUAAUGCGCAACUUCAGAGUGUCUUCAUGUGGACGCUACAUGGCCGUCGCUGGUCGUUUCGGCAACUUGCAUCUAUUUGAUGCCGCCUCUCAAGAGCUUAUACACUCAUUCAAACAGGAGGAGGAUGUAGCGUCCAUAUGCUUUACUGCAGACUCCAAAAGCAUCAUAUGCAGCUCGCUGUCUUCUAAGAUUAACAUUUUUUCUUUACCAAUGCAGCGUUUGGCGCAUAGUUUUAUUGAUGAUGGAUGCUUGAAUGGCAGUGCAAUGGAUCUAUCAGUAGAUCAACGCCUCCUCGCAACUGGUAGUAUGGAAGGUGUGGUUAACGUUUACGACUUCCAAAAAGUGCAAACAUCAGCUACGCCGCAGCCAACAAAGACGUUCCUGAACUUGCGAACUAGCAUUUCUGAUGUAAAAUUCAACAACACUGCCGAAAUUUUGGCCAUGAGUUCAGCUGAAGUACCUUCUGCCGUAAAGUUGGCACAUUUCCCAAGCGCAACAGUUUUCUCCAAUUUCCCGUCAGAGAAAAUCAAAAUUGGUGAAACCCGCGUUGUCGAAUUUUCUCCCAACAGCGGAUAUUUAGCUUUGGGCAGCACUCGGAAAGAAGUGAAUUUUUUGCGGCUUAAACAUUAUAAAUAUUACUAAUAUAAUUUAAAAAAAAAGGUCAUGGGAAAUGAAAUUAAAGUUUGUAAAAAAGUGUAUUUUAACAAACAUG